UUCUUUUUGUCGGUGAUUCCCACCUGCGCGCCAUUGUUGAUGGCCAUGUGAAGAUUUCGCACAAGCAGCUUUCUUUUGGUCUCAUGUCAACGCCAGGGGCUGACGCCAAGGACCUGAGGACUGAGAUGGUGAGUGCAGUCCUUCCCAGGACACCUGACCUUGUUUGUGUUCUUGCACCCAGCAACAACUUGACUAAGGGGACUUUGGAUCAGGCUGCAGUGGACUUUGAGGAGCUUCUCACCAGUGCCUUGUCUCGGUGGCCGAAGUUGUUUGUCCUGGACUUCCCUCCGCGCCGGAACGUGGAUCAGGACUUGCAGGAACUUUUUCGCCAGGAGUUUCACCGUGUGGCUGCACGCAAGGGUGUGAGGUACUACUCUAUUGCAGAGUUCUUUCCUCUCAGCCAGCGUGACCUGUGGAGUUGGGAUGGGGUGCACCUGAGUGAUGGAUCUGGGAUGAGGACGCUGGUGACAUUGCUAUGCGACAAAUCCAGUCUGGAGCUAGCGAUGGCUGUUGCACAGGAGGAGUCGCGUAGCAUGUUGCCAGCUGUUCCUGCUCCUGCUCCUCGUCUGGCUCCGAGGUUGGUUGUGGUUGGAGAGGCCCGCUCUCCACGUCCGUUGCACAACCCAUUGGAUUGGAAGGUGGUUGAACCACGCAGGAUGGGGAGCAGCUCGCCCCCUAAGGGAGGGAAGGUUCAGCUCAGGGAUUGUUACAUCCCUCUCACUCCUGUGUGGUUCAGCCCACCAAUGUUGGAGAUGAUGGACAGUGUCCGUCCGGGCAAUCUUGAUCAGAAGGAGCCCAGUACUUCUGCCAAGGGACCAACGGGGGUCAAGCGUCCUAGGAGCCCUUUUGCUCCAAAGAAGAGCUGUGGGAAACAGAAGGUGAAGGUGGAGGAGUGGCCUGAACUUCCCAAGGCUGUGUCGGUGGAAGUGGGGGAUUGGCCUGGAGUGCCCAAGGCUGUGGAGGUAAGGGCAGAUUGUGUGAAUGUAUAUAAAUGUAUUCUGUUAAACAAAUUUCACUGUUUAUAUUAGUAGUUUAUGGUCAAGAUUGACUUGCAUAUGCAAAUGUUGAAUUUUCCAAUAUUUGAUUCCCUGAAAAGUAUCACAAGUCCGGGCUGUUAUAAAUGUACAGAUACAGCUGUGUUACAAUGUGUAACAAGAUUGAUUGUU